GCGCGUGAGAGCUAGCGAACGCCGAGGAUCGCGGCGAAACGUUUGACAUCUUUCCGAUUUUAACCUAAUGUUUCGUCCUUUUACUGGCCAAGUCGACGAGGAAACCGCUGUUCCACGCCCUGCCUCGACGCUUUUCCCGUCAGAUAUGAGCGGCAGCGGGCGGCCCAGGACGAGCUCGUUCGCUGAGCCUCAGGGGGCGUCCGGAGCCGCUGCAGCAUCCGUUGGAACCGCCGCUGUCGUGGGGAGCAACACAGGAAAGUCCGGGGUCUCGCAGGCCUCGGCGAACAAUUCAUCUGCAUGCGCAAAUUUUAAACUGGCCAGAGACAGCGGGAAGGUGACCACGGUGGUCGCCACCCCAGGCCAGGGCCCGGAUCGGCCGCAUGAGGUGUCCUACAAUGAUAUUAAGGUGAUCGGUAAUGGCUCAUUUGGCGUGGUAUAUCAGGCACGCCUCAUUGACAGCCAAGAGUGGGUGGCCAUCAAGAAGGUCCUUCAGGAUAAGCGAUUCAAGAAUCGAGAACUUCAGAUCAUGAGAAAGCUGGACCACUGCAACAUAGUGAGGCUGCGCUAUUUCUUCUACUGCAGUGGAGAGAAGAAGGAUGAAGUGUACCUCAAUCUGGUGCUGGAUUACGUGCCCGAGACCGUCUACAGGGUGGCGCGACACUUCAGUAAAGCUAAAACCAUUAUUCCCAUCAUUUAUGUGAAGGUUUAUAUGUAUCAGCUUUUUCGCAGUUUGGCCUACAUUCACUCCCAGGGCGUGUGUCACAGAGACAUCAAACCGCAGAACCUUCUGGUAGAUCCAGAAACGGCCGUUCUAAAACUCUGUGACUUUGGCAGUGCAAAGCAGCUGGUGAGGGGUGAGCCCAAUGUCUCUUACAUCUGUUCGCGGUAUUAUCGCGCCCCUGAGCUCAUCUUUGGUGCCACAGACUACACCUCUAAUAUUGAUAUCUGGUCUGCUGGAUGUGUGCUGGCCGAACUGCUCAUGGGACAGCCCAUCUUCCCGGGAGACAGCGGGGUGGACCAGUUAGUGGAGAUCAUAAAGGUACUUGGAACCCCCACAAGGGAACAGAUCCGUGAAAUGAACCCCAACUACACAGAGUUUAAAUUCCCCCAGAUCAAAGCACACCCGUGGACCAAGGUUUUUAAACCAAGAACUCCUCCUGAGGCAAUAGCUCUGUGUUCACGGCUGUUGGAGUACACGCCGGUCUCACGUCUGUCGCCGCUGCAGGCAUGCGCUCACACCUUCUUUGAUGAGCUGCGUCAGCCCGCCACCCGCCUGCCCAGCGGUCGAGAGCUGCCCCCGCUGUUCAACUUCACCACGGCAGAGCUCAUGAUUCAGCCGCAGCUCAAUUCCACUCUGAUUCCACCUCAUGCCCGUGCACAGACCUCAGCCUCCAGCGAUGGGUCCGAAGGUUCUGUACAGCCCGGAUCUACUCUGACCAACAGCACCUGAGGCUGUGACUCUCAAAAAAAAGCUUGCAGACAAAAACAUCUGAGCCACCACAGCGCUUUCUCUCUCUCUUUCUCUGUCUCUCUCUCUCUCUGACAAACACAGUCAUACACUCUCUUUACCUCAUACAUGGCUUUCUCCCUAUUGUUCUGACACAUUUAUAGACUUAUUCAGAUGUCACACCGUUCAGAUUUACCAGUGACUAACAGAUCUGUACCACUAGCAGUGGUUACGGUAAGAGAAACCACAUGUUUGAUGACCGCAGUUCACGUUCUGUGGAGAAACGUACUGUACACACACACACACACACACACACAGUGCUGUGUACAUGCAAAAACCAACAACAAUAGAGUUAAACUGCUAAUAUUUUCUUCAAAUAAUAGAGAUAGUCAAACUCUGAAGUGCUCGUAAUGGUAUGUCCAUUCUAUAGCUCACGGGUGUCCAUAUCUCAACACGCAUACGUUAUGGAGGUGAUAUGGUCGGGCUAGUGGCGAGAGGGGCAGGUCCUCGGUUUAAUGAUAGCAUUUUAAUUUAUGUUUUUUUAUGUUAAUUUAUUUCAAUCAACAAUGGAUAUAUUAGUUGGAUUUUCCCUUGACGCUCACUUGCCCAAUCCAUCUCCCCGCAUGUUGAAAUUUCACAGGGAACAAGCAAUCUCAGUACAUUACGGAUCCGGUUGUAAAUGUCAAAGAGAACGGGAGGUUUAGGUAAAUGUGGUGGUUUUAUAUUAUUAUUAUACCGUAUUUUUAAACCGUGAGAAUAAUCUCUUGCUUUGACGUUCCAGUAAAUGUAUUUUUGGUUGGAUGGAAAAGCGUCCAUAGAUGGAGGAUGAGUUGGUUUUCAUACAGUGAAAAUGUUAAUCAUUAAGAAUGGGUAAACUAUGUGUUUGAGACGCUUUGGACAGUGCAGUAUGGGUUAUGAUGCUGUCAGUGAGCGACCGAUGCUCAUGAGAUAAUUUAUGCGAGGGUAAAAAAACUUAAGUGACUUUUAAUGCCUGGGAAAUUAAUUUUUAUCGACUGUAAAUUAUGUUUCAGGAGUAGAUUUGAUCUGUGCUUGUGAGAUUAUAAAGUUUCCGUUCAUUCAAAGUCGUUUUUAGUGACCAUCAGGUCUGAAAGCUGUCAUUCUGAAUUAGCAUUUCAAUCGUCAUAGUUUGAAGGUAGAUCUAAAUUUAAAUGUGUUUUUGCCUGUUGGACACAGUGGUAGAACAAUUUUAGAGUAUGUUUGUUACGUCAAAUGUUUUAAGACAGGUCUCAGUCAAUGGUAUUGAUCAAUAGACUGUCCCUAUUAACUGAAGUACAUACCUCUUAAUUUCACAAGAAAUCCUCUGCUACGGCCCCACAGGGCCCAUAUUUCAAAUCUUUUGUCUUUUAUGUUGUUCAGUGGGUGUGGCUUGACCACAUUUGCUCCACCCAUAUGUUUGUAAAUACACUGUGUUUUUAAGUCGUGUAAGAUGUAAAUAUCAAAACUGUGUUUUUGUUGACGUCUCCCUUCAUCUCUCUUGGGCUGUCUUUGAUUUAAAGAGGUCAGUGUCAGAUUUGUUUCAAUUACAUUAUUUAUUGUUUUGCACCGGGCUGUUUUCUGUGGUUUUGAGGCUGAAAGUUUCCCUUUUUUCUUGUACGGGGUGGUGUGGUGUCAAAAUAGGAUUCUGUUUCACAGUACUGUAAAUCAGUCCAUAAGCUCAGCACUUGAAUGCAACAUUUGUUUUGGGAAUAAGGAUUCAUUUUGGGAGAAGUGAUGUGUUCAAAUGUUAAAGGAACAGUUCACCCAUAGUUGAAAUAAUCACUCUUUUUAAAACCUGUGUAACUUGGGACACCGCAGAGGUAUUUCUGAUCUGAUCUGUUGGGAUCCUGAAGUUAUAAAAUUUUAAAACAAUAACACAAAAGCUAGUCCAUCUGUGCACUAUAUUCAGAAUGAAGCCAAAUAAUAGCCUUGCGUAAGAAUGUCUUUUUCAUGAAUCAUUUUUACCCUUCAGUAAAAUCUGAACUCAAGAACGUUUGAGUCACAGAUAUGAAAUGAAUCAUCCAACAUUGUGCGAAUCGUGAAAAGGUUCACAAAAAAAGUAUGUAAAUACUACUCCUCAUUCAUUGUAAUCUCAUUGAAAAUGUACUACUACUGUGGUGUUCCACCUAGGACUAAAAAGUCACAAAGGACUGGAAGAACAAUACAGCGAGACGGUAUAUGACAAUAUUCUUGGGUGAACUGGUCCUUUAAAAUGGCCAGCAUGAGUUCCGUGGCCAGUUGGAUAACCACAUGCGGUCACGCUUUGUUCUCGAACAUUUGAUUCUGGGAACACUUGGAAAGUUCUUCUGAAUCGUCUGCUUGUAUCAAUGCACUCUAUGUAGCGGAUCUGGCUUUAAACCUCAAAGACAGUGCAAUGCGUUUACUCUUUUAUCUGUGAAUUAUCCCUUCAGCAUUAUGUAUGUGUAUCCUUUUUAUAUUUGAAUGUGUGUUUGAAGUUGUAACCUCCCCAUAGGCUUGUUAAAUGAAUCGAGAUCAGCCUGCAAAAUCUCUUCCUCGUCGUUGUUCCCAUAAUAAUCUCCCAAAAUUCUGUUUAUCCUGUUAUUACCUUAUGUUGGUAACUGUUGAAACUUUCUGCCUCAACUUUAAUUCUGGCCCGGGGGGAACAUUGUCCUGAGACAAAGAGAGAUGAGUUAAGAGCCUGUCAGGAUAAACUGAUCUCAUCAAUAAAGUGACAAAAGUGACAUUUUGUUGAGCCAUA